CGGAGCUAUCUGUUCGUUAAGGCAGAACGAAUGCUAUUUGGGGCGGGGCUAUCAAUCUGCCAGGGCGAGGCUAUCAGUAGUUUGGGGUGGGGCUUUCAGUCCUUUAGGGCGGGGCUAUCAGUGCGUGUCUCAUCCAUUGGUCAAUCUUCCUUCAUUUUGUUAGCAGUCUGUCAAUCCAAUCGCUUCCUAAAUAAUGAAAUCCUGCACCGCCCUACAUUUUGUUUCUCAUUUCAGAACCGCGUCAACAUAAAGUUCCCUUUUUAAUAAAUCAUUGUUAUUAAUAGUAUAACAUAAAUAUGAACACAAAUGACAAAUCUGUCAAAUCUGUUAAUAAACAGUGUUGGUGGAACGUUAUUUUUAAAAGUAAUAUAUUACAUUUUUCAGUCACUUAAGGGCUUACGACUUUAAUAUACAUUACUUUAGAAAAAAUAACUUUUUCCAACAAUGUUCCAACAUCUUUCCGGAGACUGUAACUGAAAUGUUCCGAAAUGUUUGUGGUUUAAUUUCCCAAAUAAUGUGACACAAUAACUCAAUGGUGGCGGAUCAUGAACUUCUGCAUCAUCUAAAUCGACCCUCAGCAUUCAUUAUUCUCAGGAUCAAUAGUUUGACUCAGGAUGCUCUAUCAAAUAGAGUAAAAAGUGCAAACAAAGUAUUAAAUGGCAGCUCUAUCAGCUCGAGCGUGUGCUAGUACGGACCUUCUUAAGUGUCUUUGGACCCACACUCUAUGGGAUUGUGGUGGGUUUACUAAUGAAUUAGGCUGCUUACUAGCGAGAGUCUAAUUAACCUGGUGGGGAUAGUUAAUCCCGCGUGUGUGAGGACGCAAGCUCAGCACAUUGAUCCCAAAACAUCCAUAUCUCUGGUGGAAUCUCAGCUGCCAUUCACCGCGUCUAUGACAGCAGGAUGAAGCUGAUGCUGCUUUGGGCUGAUAUUCUGUUGGCAACCGGGACCUAUAAAAGGGGCUUGUGGAGAGAGGGAGACAACGGGGAUGGAGAAAUGACAACAUCCAGACCUUCUGAGAGACGCUCCAAUGAUUGAAGAACAUCACAUUGAUCGUUGAAGAACUCUAGAGCGUGGAUUGAAGAGCGCUUCAUUUAAUAUUGAAGAACACUCUAUUGAUCCUGAAAGGAUACUACUGAUCACUGAAGAACACUCUAUUGAUCGCUGAAGAACACUUCAUUGCUUCAUUGGUGCAAAAGAAGGAACAUGGCGCCUCAAAAGAAACCCGUGAACAUCAGUCAGCGUAUCACUUCAUCUCCAUUCUACAUCAUGCUGUACGUGGUUCUGGUGCUGCUGGGGAACGCGGGGAACACUACGGUGAUCGCGGUGGUCGGACAGAGCCUUCUGCAGGAGACGGGAACCGUGCGGAGCUCGGAUGUCAUUCUGGUCAACAUGGCUUUCUCAAACCUGAUGGUGUCGUUGUUGAGGAACACAGUCCUGAUGGUGUCCGACCUGGGAGUGGAGAUUUUCCUCAGUAGAGAUAUGUGUCAGUUCAUGAUGGGCCUGUGGGUUUGGGUCCGCUCUGCUAAUGUCUGGUCGACGUUCUUUCUGAGCGCGUUUCACUUCCAAACCUUGCGUCGGGUCGCUCCUCCUGUCAUCAACCUGCACGGCCCUCGCGGACCCCCACUAUCCCUCAUCCUGGGCUUCUGCCUCAUCUGGAGCCUCAACCUGAUCUACUCCAUCCCUGCCUUCAUCUUCUCCAAGAACGGAAACGAGAACUCCACAGAGGGCAGUGGGUGUCCAGGAUCAGCACCGAACAUCUCUAGAUUAUUGUUCAGCUGGAUAAGCCUGACCGUGUACCUCUGGUGUGUCCUGCAGACGCUGAUGUUGGUGAGCAGCACCACUCGGCCACUGCUGGGCUGCAUCUGGGACUUUCCUUCAGCCUACAGUGGCCUGGCCUUCGCCACCUCCUCCAUGAUCCUCCACGAGUCCAUCCCCAUCUGCCUGAUGAACAUCACCAAUCUGGGCUCGCUCUGCACGCUGUAUGCACACGGACACAAGCGCACUGUUGCCAGUCAGGGUGAGGACGCUCCGGUGGUCUCCCGCAUCCCUGCAGAGCGGCGGGCCGCUAAAGUGAUUCUGGCUCUCAACAUCCUCUUCAUUUCAUCCUGGGGCACUAAUGUCAUCUCGGUCAACUAUUUCAAUUACAACCGCGGACAGUCCACAGAGUUCCUGCUCAUCAUUGCUCGAUUCGUGAACAUGAGCUUCAUUGCGUUUUCCCCCAUCAUCCUUGCUGUGGGACACCGGAAGCUCAGGGCCUUCAUAAAGUCAGUCCUGUCGCAUAUGAUCUGACUGUCGCUCUCCAGAUCGAUCCGGAAACUGUGUCUCGGCAUGUAAAUCUGCCUGUUUAGUUCGGGCAUGCUGGUCGGAUGCAGAGAGGACUUCAUCACGUUGUUGUCAUGUCUGAGAUCCAGCUCUGUGUUUGUUUGACUGAUUAAAUAAAAAAUGCACCUCUGUAAAUCA